AAUAGAGAUAGACCUCUUCAUGUUCAUGAACAAAUUCUUUUUAUCUCAAUCCUCUGUGUAAAUUAUACUGAAUGAUAUGAUAGAUGAACAAAAACAUGUUUAGGAGAUAAGCUAUCAAAUGUUUGGGGUUUUUUUGGGGAAAAAAGAAAGUGCGACUAAGAGUGGAGAGUGUACUGAAGUAUAACACACCAGCUCUAAUGCUUUAUCUUUUGUGCUGAGUAUCUUUCUAUGCAGUCAUCUUUUAGAACUUGAUAUACAAAAAUGUUUAAAUGAAAACUGCAGGAGUAGGACUUAUUCUUGAAUAGGAGUUACAGUGAACAACGAGGUAAACUAAUUUUCAUCUGCAAACUUGUUAUUUAUUUAGCUUUUUGUAGGAGUGCGAAUGAUUAGAAGCACUUUUUUCUUGUAACUGUUCAGCAUCAGUGAUCCUCAUCUUUAGGUGUUUCAGAAGAACAAACGAUUUCAAUCAUAAGCUUUGACAUGUGAAGAACCCUUUUCUGUAUGUCUUUAAUUCCAUAUUGCUUCUCUGCCUUAAGCUGAGAAUGCACCUGCAGAUGGAAAUGUUUUUCCAUUCUCUUCCUACCAUUGAAAAAGAUGAUGUAGCUAUAAAUAUGUAACAACUUCAAAUGUUUAACUUCAUUUACUGUGAAUGAAACAAACUUGGGAAUUAAAAAAAAAUCUGCCUUUUCUAUCUAUAUACAAAAUAUUGUAAAAAUAGUAAUGAUAUCACUUGUGAAUUUAGUUUGCUGAUUAUUAGAAGCCUGGGCUGGAUUUUUUUUGCCUUUCUGACAAAGCUAACUGAUAGCUUAGUUAUUGGCUGAAGUGAAUCCUCGGAUUAAAUGCAUUUCUGACACAGAUUCCAGUUUACAGCCUACGUGGGUUGUGAUGCAUGGGGAAAGUAAUACACAGCAGCUUUGAUUUUGUAUUUCUGUAGCUAACCAAGGAACGAGUUAACCUGCAGGACUUCCGUCUCUAUUAAAUCAUGGUAAUUAAUUUAUUUUCCUCAUCUUUUUAUUUUUCAGAAGUUGAAAGCUGGAUGUUUCUUGUGUUGCAGUGGAACUCCUAUAAGGAGCAAUGGAAGAUUGAGGCUACAGUAUAACACAUUGUAAUUUGUAGGCAUGGUAACUGAAGACAGACCUGAAAAACUGGGUGUCCUAUUAAGUGGGAAAGUUGCUGAGAAUGAGAAACUACUUAAGUGAGAGACAAAGUAUGCUUUUUAUGCAAGAAAAGGGUUAAGGGGAUUUGUUCUCCCUGGUAAUGAGUAGUUCUAAGGUUAGGUUUCUGCGGAUUAGAAAGGAGGGGAUGUCCAUAGAUUAGCUAGGGCAAUGAGGAUACUUGCUUUGCUAACAUCCAACAAAUAUUCUCUCUUCAGAAAUUCUCCAAGAGCUGAACAUGGUGUAUUCUGCACUAUUUGCAGGUAAGAAAUUAUGUACUGUACUGAAACCAUUAUGCUACACAGAUGCAUUUCCCCCAUGCAGUUGUAAAAUUAAUGUCUUUUCAUAGUUAAGGCAAAGCUAAUUAAACCUGUGGUAGGUGUUUAGUUCCCACAAGCUAAAUACUAGAGAUGUGUAUGAAUGGGGAGUAGGAACUAAAAAGAUAAUUUUUCCUCAUUCCUAAUCUUCACAGAGUAGUCUGACUUGAAUGCCAGGUGCUGUAUACGUUGACCCUUUUUGCUGAAAAUAAAUAGACUUCACAACCAUCCCUGUUGUAAUAAUAGUCUAGGAAACUACCUUGUGUGUAGUGAGAGAGAUUGUAGAAGAUGGAUGUGAAUGGAAAAUUCUGUCUUUGAACUCACUAACCUUGUAGUGUUUAAGUUGAUUUAGUGAUCAGUGUGCUCAUCUUGUCAGUUUUGUUUUCAGUCCAGGUGGUUGGCAAUAAACAGCUGGAAAUAAAACUGCCUGCUUCACAUGACUAUGGUUUGCUGCGCUCAAGUAUUCUUCUUUGAAUGUGCUGCUCUUCUAGGAGGUGAUGCUUUAGUGGUAUUACCGCCAUGUAAACAAGACAAUAGCCCCAUCAGUAUAGCUAUGUGCUUUUCUUUUAGAAGAAAGGAGGAUGAAUUGUAUCAUCAGAUAUAUCUAGUUACAGAGAGUCAUAACAUACUUUUUUAAUCAGCAAUUUUACAUAUGCAAGUGUGAUUAUCCAAAUACUGUAGAAUGGCUUACUGAAUGAAUGUUCUUUUAAAAAAACAAACAAAAAAAAAACCCAACACCUGUGCCACCUCGGACUUGCAGUAGUUAUUCUUUUGUAUAUAUGGUUUUAAACAAAGUCUCAGCCUUUGCUUAAAAUAUAUAUUUGUUCUGCUUAUGUUUCAGAUGGCUUUUUAAAUUCAAGCACUUCUUGCUUUGAAGUUCUUUUUACACUCACUUGAGAGUGACCUAUGUCAGUGGAAGGACUAAUUACGUUUUUAGUUCAGGACAAAAAAGUUCUGCAUGGGCAUAUCAUUAGAAGAAGCUUAUUCUUUGUUAUUUGCCUUUGCAAUUUAUUGACUUUUGGUGGCUUACUUAAGACAAAAGCUCAAGGAUAUUCUCUGCCCUCAAGCUAGUUCACGAUCUUCAGUAUUCCAAACAAUUCUGACAAAUUUAAAUAGAGUGGUUUUCCUUUUUAAAAAUGCUCAGUAACCUUGUCAAGGAGACCCCAAGUAUUACCUUUAUAGUGUGUGUAUAUGUCUCAGGAAAGGAAGGUGCAGUGUUUUUAAUAAGUUUUCCCCUUAAGCAAGCAAUUUGGUAACUGGUAAGCUUGCAAUCUUCUCUUUGAUGCUGAAAAGGUGGAUCAGAGCAAUGAAGCUAUUUGUGUUUCUAUAUUAAUGCUCAGUGAAAACCAGGGUACGAUGUCCUGAAUGUAGUUUGCAGUGUAUGAAUUCCUCUUUGCUUGUCUAAACCAUCCCACAGUAAAGAUUUCUGGCCUACUCCUAAUGUCUUCAGUAAUUAAGAAACAGGUAUUCAUGGCUAGAUUUAUAUGGCCUGCUUACUUGAUCUGCCUAAUGAUGGAUUUAAGAAAGCUUAACAAAGGAGAAGGAAAACCCUUAAAGGAACAGAACUCAAGAAUAUUGAGGGAUAAAAAUAAUAAUUGUGGCUCAACCCAGUUCCCAGUGAGCAUGUGGUAGGAGGAUUCAGUGUUACAUAAAUUGUUACAUAGAUAAAAUAUGGAAAAAUAGUUUUUCCUUAGUGGAAAAACAGUUAUGUAGUAUAAUGCAACAAUUAAAUGGAAAUGUUGCAUUGGAUAAUGGAGGAAGAUCAAACUGUAUAUUUGCUGGUCUUUGAAAGGAGAAAUCAUAAUUGUAAAAGUGGUCUUUGGGUUAGAAUUCCUACAAGACACAUAACUGAGCAUCUUGUGGAGGUGGCUUGUAAUGAAUAACCAAUACUCAGCAAUAAAAUGUUUGAAUCAGAAUUUCCUAACUUCUGUUUUUUUUCCCUCCUUUCAUUUCCACUGCCUUCUGAAAAAGGUUCUGUGAUUUAACAGGAGAGAGGAAAAAUGGUCUAAAAAUAAGUAUUAAAAUGUGCAGUAGAAGUGACAGUAAUGCCUUCUGCUUUCAUAAGCAGAUCAAGGUAAUACCUGCUUUUGCCUUUGUGUUCUGUCCACAGAACAAUUUAGAGGAAAAUGGCUGCAUUUUUGCUUUAUUAAUCUAGGAGAUGAGCUACCAUAUAUUUAACAGAAUUUGAUGAGGCAUUCUCUGUGUAUACAGUGUCAUAGUGGUGUUCACUACUGGCUGAUGUGCUCAGAUAUUUGAUGUUGCAGACUUUUUAACUUGUUAACUUUUUAGGUUGCAUGACCUGUUCAAAUACAUAGUUCUUCAAGAGUAGUCUUACAAUAACAGCAGUCAUGACAGUGUCUUCAUAUUUGUAUCAAACGUGAGUUGGAAUUGGCUUAACGGAGAUGUGUAGUAAUUCAGCAUCUUUGUUACAUCUCUCAUACGUGGGUUUUCGAUACUUUGGUGUAGAAAUACGCUAAGUUAUUUCACAACUCUAGGGAAAUAUCACAAGUGAGCACAGGACCGCGUAAGUGAGAGAAAAUAGUGUGUUACCUGAGGAAUUUCCAUGCUUGUUGCAACUUUUAAGUGAAGAAUUCUGAGCAUUCUCUAAGGCAAUCCCCUACUGCAUUGUUUCUUGCUAGAAAUAGAUUGGAAAUCUUCCUCCACUUCUAGUCUAAGUUAUCACUUAGUGCAAUCAGCUGUAAAUGCCUGAGUCAGAUGAGGUAAGGUGUGGGAUUUUUUGUUUGUUUAAUUCACUUUGAGGGAAUACAGAAGAAAAUAUGAAAUCCUUUCAAAGAUGUUGCAUUUAAUUUAAACAGGGAUCCUUUCUUUGCAAAAUCAUGCCCUCAAUUGUUUCAAUUUUAAUAAUGUCAGUAACAACAAGAAUAAAUAUAAUUUAUUUUUUUGAAUAUGAUUAUUUUCCAGGCUAUGUAAAACGUAUUUGUUUUAUGUAAAACAAGCUUUUAAUAUCCUGGGGAAAAUAACAUUGUGGUAGCACACUUAAAGCUGGGGAACAGAAGUUAUACAACCAGAUUGUUAUUUUAGACAGCUUAAUAAAGCAAGCUAAUGACAAUUCCGUGAAGAAAUAAAAUGAUAUUUUGCAGUUGAGGUUUAUCUCUGCGUUUUGGGUGUUGCUUGGUAACUGAUAUUACAUUUGUGGCUCAUGUCUUCAAUUUAUGCUUGCAACCUGUUGUUGCAUGUAUAAAAAAUGAUUGUCAUUACUUCUUUUUGUUGUUCUAAUUUGGUAUCAAUUUAAUAUACUUGAUUUUUCAGUAUGAAAAUACUCUUUUCCCUAGUUCAACAUCUGUCUUUGUGAAAACCUACAUGGUGUGAAUGCUGUAGUCAGAAACAUAGAUGGAAUCUCCUGGAAUGAAAGAAAAAAUGGAGGUGCCAGCAGUCUGUGGUCAAGAUAAUGGUUUAUCUCAUGUUCUGACUCUAGUGCUACAAGAACUGAGUUUGCUCUGUAAAAGAGAUGUCAAUGGUGUUGGCAUGUUAUAUGACCUGCUCAGAUCUCGCUGGCUGCAAGCACUUUUAAAGAUUUAUGAAUGCCUCCAAAACUACCUCGAAAAAAGACCAGUUCCUGUCAUGCUGCAGGCACAUGCGUUGAAUUGUGAGGUGGUAGAAUUGCUGCAUGAAGCCCCUCCAUCUGGAGAGAUCAAAGAGCUAAGACGAUUGCUGAGGUCUCCUCACUUAAGGGCCUUGCUAUCUGCUCAUGAUACUGUGGCCCAGAAAGAUUUUGAACCUACCCUUCCACCACUGCCAGACAACAUACCUGAGAAUGAGGAAGCCAUGAGGAUUGUCUGCUUAGUGAAAAACAACCAGCCUCUGGGUGCCACUAUUAAACGGCAUGAGAUAACGGGUGACAUAACAGUUGCCCGUGUGAUCCAUGGUGGUCUAGCAGACAGAAGUGGGUUGCUGUAUGCUGGAGACAAAUUAGUGGAAGUAAAUGGAGUUUCCAUUGAUGGACUUGAGCCUGAGCAAGUUAUUAAUAUUCUGGCUCUUUCUCAAGGAACAAUUAUGUUCAAGUUGAUUCCAGUUUCUGAUCGUCCUGUUAGCAACCAAACGACACUGUAUGUGCGAGCAAUGGCAGAUUACUGGCCAUUACAAGAUCCUGCCAUACCAUGUGCUGAUGCAGGUUUGCCUUUUAAGAAAGGUGAAAUACUCCAGAUUGUGGACCAGAAUGAUGCUCUGUGGUGGCAGGCUAGGAAAUUAUCAGAUCUUAGUGCCUGUGCUGGACUGAUACCCUCAAACCAUCUUCUUAAAAGGAAGCAGCGAGAAUUCUGGUGGACUCAGCCCUUUCAGCCCCACUUCUGUCUCAAGUCAUCAAUGUUAAGCACUGUGGAAGAAGAGGAUGACAUGCAAAUUGAUGAGAAGUGUGUGGAAACAGAUGAAGAAACAUUUGAGUCUGAGGAGCUUAAAGAAGAAGAGGAAGAAUUUGGUGAACUUGGUCAACGAGUCUUCAUUGCUGGUUUCCGCAGAAGUAUGCGCCUGUGUCGAAGGAAGUCCAGGGCCAACCAGCAGUCAUGUUAUGCUCGGUGCCCCAGCAGCUGCUGUAGCACUUUUGCAGCUCCAUAUGAGGAGGUGGUUAGGUACCAGCGGCACCCAGGAGAUCGGAACAGACUAAUUGUGCUAGUGGGUCCUGCAGGAGUGGGGGUGAAUGAGCUAAGGCGAAGGCUUAUUGCAAGCAACCCACGAGAGUUUCAAAGUGCUGUGCCUCACACUACUCGAGUUCAGAAGAGUUAUGAAAUGAAUGGUCGUGAAUAUCACUAUGUAUCGAAGGAAACUUUUGAAAAUAUGGUGUAUAGCCACAGAAUGCUGGAAUAUGGGGAAUACAGAGGAUACAUGUAUGGUACCAGCAUUGAUGCAGUGAGAACAGUCCUCAAUGAAGGGAAGAUCUGUGUAAUAGAUUUGGAACCACAUGGCAUCCAAAUAGCCCGGACUCAUGAAUUAAAGCCCUAUAUUAUAUUCAUCAAGCCAUCCAGCAUAAGCUGCAUGAGGCAAACGCGUAAAAAUGCCAGAAUCAUUACAGAUUAUUAUGUGAACAUGAAAUUCAAGGAAGAAGAUCUACAGGAGAUGGAGGAUUCUGCUAAGAAAAUGGAAGCUCAGUUUGGUCAGUUCUUUGAUCAAGUGAUUGUGAAUGACAACUUACAAGAAGCAUCCGCUCAGCUGUUGUCUGCAGUUCAUCAUGCACAAGACGAGCCCCAGUGGGUCCCUGCAAUAUGGAUAUGCUCAGAUACUCAGACAUAAUUCAGAGUGGCAGGCAACUCCAUGAAGAUUACAGAUUGUUUUACUUCAAGAAUAAUCCUCAUGUCAGGAUUGUGAGAAUUUAUCUUCGUAUGCAAGGGAUUUGGAAGAGGAUUAGGAAAGAAGCUGCUAUAGGAGAUAUUAUCAUAGUAUGUUCUGUGUAGCUGUUCAGCUUUUAUGCUACAAUUGCACCUUUUUUGUACAAAAAGAAAACACUGUGAGCAAUCCACUACAAGAAUAAAUAAAAAUCUAUUUUGUUGCA